UCACAAACCAACUCAUCCAACACAACUAGCUACUAGUCUUCCACUGCCAUAGACACCCUCACAAAACUCAUAUAGCUGAUUAGCCAUAGCUAAAAUGGUUUACUCCAAAAAUCUGGCUGUCUUGUUCACCAUGUUGCUCCUUGCUCCAUCCAUCCUGGCCACCGACCCUGAUCCUUUGCAGGACUUCUGCGUUGCUGACCUCAACGGCAAGGCGAUCUCAGUGAACGGGCACCCUUGCAAGCCCAUGUCGGAGGCAGGCGAUGACUUCCUCUUCUCAUCCAAGCUGGCAAUGGCUGGCAACACGUCGACACCGAAUGGAUCGGCCGUCACAGAGCUAGAUGUUGCAGAGUGGCCCGGCACCAACACGCUGGGUGUGUCCAUGAAUCGUGUUGACUUCGCACCAGGGGGCACCAACCCGCCGCACAUCCAUCCACGUGCCACCGAGAUUGGCAUCGUGAUGAAAGGUGAGCUCCUAGUCGGCAUCAUUGGCAGCCUCGACUCCGGUAACAAACUCUACUCAAAGGUUCUGCGUGCUGGUGAGACGUUCCUCAUCCCGCGCGGGCUCAUGCACUUCCAGUUCAACGUUGGCAAGACGGAGGCAUCCAUGGUUGUGUCCUUCAAUAGCCAGAACCCAGGCAUCGUCUUCGUGCCUCUCACGGUCUUCGGUUCCAAUCCGCCGAUCCCUACGCCCGUGCUCACCAAGGCACUCCGUGUGGACGCUGGGGUCGUGGAACUUCUCAAGUCCAAGUUUGCUGCAGGGUUCUAAUUUCAACUUUAUGACCCUAAAAUGAUCAAUAUAUAUGUUAAUUCGGUAUAUGCAUGCUAUAUGUUCUUGUUACGGUGGCUUGCUGUUGUAAUAACAUCGCGGUUCAGACCUUAGGACCGAUGCGAGGAGUUUACAUUUAUUGUAUUUCUUGUUUGCAUUGAAAGGAAUAAAUAUAACAUUUGUAUA